AGAAACCACAGAGCUCAUCUUACUGAAGACGUCUCCUGUCGUCCCAGAGUGCCUGUUGUUUUGCUGUUUGAGCUGAAAUGGAUCAGAAAAGCUUCAUCCUGUCAGAAACGUGUCUGUGAACACCAGAGCCAAUGGAUAUCAAAGGCCAGGGCUGGACGGAUGAAGAAUCAGACGGAGAGAAUGAACCGGAGCAGUUCCUGUACGGGAUUCAGGGGAGCUGUGCAGCCGACCUGUACCGUCACCCACAGCUGGACGCUGACAUCGAGGCUGUAAAAGACAUUUACACAGACAGCGCUGUGUCCGUCAGAGAGUACGGCACCAUCGAUGACGUGGACAUCGACCUGCAAAUCAACAUCAGCUUCUUGGAUGAGGAGGUGGCGACCGCAUGGAAGGUGAUCCGAACUGAGCCCAUCGUCUUACGCCUUCGUUUCUCUCUUUCACAGUACCUGGAUGGACCAGAACCAUCUGUGGAGGUGUUUCAGCCGUCCACUAAAGAAGGCUUCAGUUUGGGUCUUCAACUAAAGAAGAUCCUCAGUACGUUCACGUCGCAGCAGUGGAAGCACCUCAGCAAUGAGCUCCUCAAAGCCCAGCAGGAGAAGCGACACAGCUGGUUCAAAGCCGGAGGAACCAUCAAGAAAUUUCGUGCAGGACUGAGCAUCUUCUCCCCAAUUCCCAAGUCUCCCAGUUUCCCCCUGAUCCAGGACACAGUGUUGAAAGGCAAACUGAACGUGCCCGAGCUCAGAGUCACCCGGCUCAUGAACCGCUCCAUCUCCUGUACCAUGAAGAACCCCAAGGGGGAGCUGUUUAGCUAUCCUCCGAACAGCCAGGUCAGCAUCCCGUCUUCCCCGACUGCACGCUUUCCUUUCCAAACACUCUCUUUGCUGCUUCUCCAUACCCGUUUCUUCUGAUUAUCAUCUCCAUCUUUCCUCUGUUAGAUAAUGAAAUACUCUGAGCAGCGCAUCCCCACUCUGAACGAAUACUGCGUGGUGUGUGACGAGCAGCACGUCUUCCAGAACGGAUCCAUGCUGAAGCCUGCGGUUUGCACGAGAGAGCUGUGUGUGUUUUCCUUCUACACGCUGGGAGUGAUGUCUGGAGCGGCUGAGGAGGUGGCCACCGGCGCUGAGGUGGUGGACCUGCUGGUGGCCAUGUGUCGCGCCGCUCUCGAGUCGCCCCGUAAAAGCAUCAUCUUUGAGCCGUAUCCGUCUGUGGUCGACCCCAAUGACCCCAAAACACUCGCCUUUAACCCGAAGAAGAAGAAUUAUGAGCGUCUGCAGAAAGCUCUAGACAGUGUGAUGUCUAUUCGGGAAAUGACACAGGGCUCAUAUCUGGAGAUUAAGAAGCAGAUGGAUAAACUGGAUCCUCUGGCUCAUCCGUUAUUGCAGUGGAUUAUAUCCAGUAACAGAUCUCAUAUUGUGAAGCUGCCGCUCAGUAGGCUGAAGUUCAUGCACACGUCUCAUCAGUUUCUGCUGUUGAGCAGCCCGCCAGCAAAAGAAGCUCGAUUUCGCACCGCAAAGAAACUCUACGGCAGCACCUUCGCCUUCCAUGGCUCCCAUAUUGAGAACUGGCACUCAGUUCUGAGAAAUGGACUGGUCAAUGCCUCUUAUACUAAACUGCAGCUGCAUGGAGCAGCGUACGGGAAAGGCAUCUAUCUGAGCCCCAUAUCCAGUAUUUCCUUUGGAUACUCAGGAAUGGGAAAGGGCCAGCAUCGCAUGCCCACUAAAGAUGAGUUAGUCCAGCGAUAUAAUCGAAUGAACACAAUGCCACAGAGUCGUCCCAUACAGUCGCGGUUCCUCCAGAGCAGGAAUAUAAACUGCAUCGCUCUCUGUGAAGUGAUCACGUCCAAAGACCUGCAGAAACAUGGCAACAUCUGGGUGUGUCCGGUGUCUGACCACGUCUGCACACGCUUCUUCUUCGUGUAUGAGGACGGUCAGGUGGGAGAUGCUAACAUUAACACACAGGAGCCCAAGAUCCAGAAGGAGAUCAUGCGUGUGAUCUGCACCCAGAUCUACUCCAGCUGAAGAGCUGUCCUGCAGAAACGGCCGUGACGGACACAUUUCUGGGCUCCAAACUCACCCAGGGGCGCCGUCUUUCCUCGACUCUACUCCAUCUGUGCUCUCUUUAAUCCUGUCUUUCACAUGGGAUGCCAGAUGAGGGAAAACUUCAUGAUAAGCCCCGCCCACAACCCUUUGACUUCCCACAGAGCCGCUGUCAGUCAAAAGCAGACCGGCGCCUGAUUGGACGAGACGGUCAGCCAAUGAACUCGCAUCUGUCGCUCGUUUUCUCUUUUUCACGGAUCGUUUCUCACACUAAAUAUCUAAACACGUAAAAACAUGUUUAUUGCAGUUUUGUCCGUCUCUGGAUAGUAAAUGAUGAAUCUGUGCGCUUUAUUGUGUUCGUAUCUUCUUCAUCUUUCUCCUCCGCUGCUCUUUCUGACUGAUGACUUUUAUUAAUAUCCCAGAUGUUUUUAUCUCGGAGUUUCCUGCUGAAAUCAAUUUCCUGUCUUUUGUUGCUGAGCUCCACUUACAUGUGUACGAACACUCACAUUGAUUUAUCGCCCGACAGAACGCGGAUGAGAGGACAGGGACGCGUCGUUACUCGUGUUUAUACUUAUAUCUUCUGGAUAGAGUCGUCGUGACGCCGUUUUGGUGCCGUCAUCCGAUGGGACGCGCGAGCUGAAGCCAGAGACGCUUUUAUCUCCAUUCUCAGACAUUCCCGAGUGCUUGUGGGUAAUUUCCACAAAGCCUGCAGAGGGAUGACGUACAGUAGCAGUCAAACAUUUGGAAACAUUAUUUAUUCUGACUAUUUUCCACAAUAAUAGUAAAGUGUGCAAACUCUGAAAUCACACAAAUGGAAGUCAAAACUCGUUUAAGGUUAACAUUAAAUUCAAGUUGCAACCGCCUCUUCUUCCCUGUUGUGAUCAAAGUUUGAAAUGAACUUUAUCACUUAUUUAUAGGCUAUAGCAUAUUUCGUGCACUGUGGUCAUUCAUAGUGCUUUAUAUAAAAAGGAUUCAAAAUAAUCAUAAAAUGAUCACAAUUGAUGCAUGAUGCAUAAAAAAGCAUGCAUAAUAAAUAAAAAAAAUAACAACAA